GGCAGGAGGCGGCGCCGAGCUGGCUGCCCGCGGCGGGGCUGUGGCGGCGCGCAUGGCCGGGCGGCGGCGGCGGCGGCUGCUGCUGGUCUCCAACUCGACGCUGCACGGCGGGGGGUACCUGGAGCACGUCCGGCCGCCCCUGCGCCGCUUCCUCGGGCCGGAUGUGAAGAGAAUUUUAUUUGUUCCUUAUGCCCUGAGAGACCGAGAUGCGUAUGCCAAGAUGGCAAGAGAGACGUUUGAAAGCUUAGGCUAUGCAUUGGACAGCAUCCAUGAAUCCCCUGACCCUGGAGAAGCUGUAAGAAAAGCGGAAGCGAUAUUCAUUGGCGGUGGAAACACCUUUCGCCUUUUGAAAGUUCUUUACGACAAUGGGCUGAUCCCGCUGAUCAGGAAGAGAGUUCUCGAGGAUGGGAUCCCGUACGUGGGAUCCAGUGCAGGAACUAAUGUGGCAACCAUCAGCAUCCACACGACCAACGACAUGCCAAUCGUGUACCCGCCUUCCUUGUUGGCCCUUGGUUUGGUUCCUUUCAACAUCAAUCCACAUUACCUGGAUCCAGAUGUUAACAGCACUCACAUGGGGAGGGAAUUCUCCAACGGAACAUGAACCAGGAACGGAUUUCAGUUUCCUGCUGGCUGAGAGUCUUGAGAAGCCUUAACACAUUCGUCAUAUCCGAACCAGGGCUGCCUGCUGAGUGGGUAUCAAAAUAGUUGUACCAUGGGGCAAAAAUCCAGACCUUCAGUCGUUGCUGGUCUUUAAACUAUUGGGCCUGGCGACUGGCUUCUGGGUAGAGUUUGGACUUCCCAGAAUCUCUUUUGGUGACAAUGCUUAGGGCCAGGAGAUGCAUAAGAGCCUGUACCAAGCCAGAGGGCAUAUCUGGCGUGCUCUCCUUUCACCACUGAGAAACCACUGUCUGCAGAGGAGGACGGGCUUCCAGCAAUUGUGAUGUCCACCCGACACCUCACUUGUAAGCGCUGCCUGAAGGGAAGAAAGUGGUGGUAAUGGUGAUGUACACAAACCAGAACAGGAUCCCCAGUUCCUCUCUCUUUAAAAGCCUGGCUCAAAAAGUUUUGCACCCUUGCUUAAGUAAGAAUUUUUAAAGCAACAAAAAUAAAAAAUUCUUCAU